ACCAUAUAAAAAAAUAAAGAAGAAAAAACAACAAAGGCGAAUUUUUUAUAGAAAUAAAAAAAUUUACCGACCCCGACACAGUGAACAAAAGCUCCACACAGUCUAGAUCUCCAAUUACACAAAAGUAUUGAAUUUUUUUUGAAAAAUCAGCAAAUAAUUUAGCGCAAUAUUACAUUAAGAUACAAUUAACUAUAUUAAUUUUAAGUUUGAAAUGAUUACAAGAACAAAACUAUUAAUACUUUUUGUUAUCAGUUUUGUUUCUGUGGUGACUGUGGUCCAUUCAAGGUCGUCACAGUCCAAUGAAAUUAAUAACAACACCAGAGAUAAAUUAUCUCCUGUAAUAUUUAUACCUGGUGACGGUGGCAAUCAGUUAGACGCUCAACUAAACAAAACUUCCAGUGUCCAUGUUUAUUGCCAAAAACAUGCUGACUGGUUUAACAUUUGGCUCAAUUUAGAGCUUCUAGUGCCGUUGAUUAUCGGCUGUUGGAUAGACAAUGUUAAACUACAGUAUGACAAUAUAACCAGGACGACACACAACACUCCUGGAGUGAAAAUUCGCAUCCCUGGUUGGGGUGAUCCAGAAGUGGUCGAAUGGAUUGAUCCAACUAAAGCCAAAACUGGUGGCUAUUUUAAAGACAUUGGUGAUCAGUUGGUCAGACUUGGUUACGAACGUAAAAAGUCUAUAUUUGGGGCUCCUUAUGAUUUUAGGAAAGCCCCAAAUGAAAAUGCAGCUUGGUUUGUCAAUCUUAAGCAGCUAGUAGAGGAUGCUUACGAUAUGAAUGACCAAACACCAAUCACCUUCAUUACACACAGUAUGGGAAGUCCGAUGACACUUGUGUUUUUGCAACGACAGACCCAACAAUGGAAGUCUAAAUAUGUCGCUCGAGUUGUGAGCAUUGCUGGAGCUUGGGCUGGCAGCGCUAAAGCUGUUAAGGUUUAUGCAAUGGGCGAUGAUCUUGAUUCAUUUGCUCUGAGUGGUAAAGUUAUGCGUGAACAGCAAAUAUCGACGCCAUCUACAGCAUUCCUCCUGCCUUCGCCACUGUUUUGGAAGAACAAUGAGGUUCUAGUUGAAGCUCCAUCACGAACUUACAGCGUAGCUCAGUUAGAGGAUUUCUUCAAUGAUAUAGACUAUCGAGAUGGCUGGGAGAUGCGCAAGGACAACAUCAAAUACUCGCUGAACUUUGCCCCGCCCGAUGUAGAGAUGCAUUGUUUAUAUGGAUCUGGUGUGCCAACUGUGGAGAAAUUAGUCUAUAAGAAAGAUAAUUUAGUUGGGGAGACCCCAACACUGGUCAAAGGCGAUGGUGAUGGUACGGUUAAUUCUAGAUCUCUAAAAGCCUGCAUGUAUUGGAAGGAUUAUCAACGUCCUAGUAUAACAAUGUACGAUGUACCAAAAGCUGAUCAUAUGUCGAUUUUAGCUGAUCCUCGGGUUAUUGAGUAUAUUCGAAAACUAUUAUAAAAUUUUUAAGUAUUCUUUAAUAAUUUAGCUAUUUUUUUUUCAACAUAUUUUUUCGAUUUAUUGCACCGAGAUUGUUUAUUAAAUAAACUGCAAUAUAAACAUAUGUACACAUUUAAGCAAUCGUUUUAAUUAAGAUUAUGUAACGAGAUUAUUUAAGGGCUUUUUUUUAUAAUAAAAUUUUAUCAUAGAGCAAUAAA